AAAAUUUGACAGAACCGACAUCGCCCUGUCUAAUUCAACGUCAUCAUUAAAUUAUGAUUGUCCUAGGAAUUGACUUGGGCACAUCUUAUACAUGCGUGGCUGCUUAUUGUGACGGAAAGGUGGAUAUUGUUACCAAUGACCAAGAAAAACGUCUCACGCCUUCCUGCGUUGCUUUCAACGACGUGGAAAGGUUAUACGGCAAUGCUGCUCUACAACAAGAAUUUAUUAAUAUGGAAAAUACAAUAUGUGGGUUCAAAAGGUUUAUGGGACGCUGCCGCGAAAAAUCAUUGGGAGAAGAAACAAAAUUUCCGCUGGGCAAUGACUUGAUAAAUCAAGAAAAUAAAUUUUCUUUUCUAGUUCGGUAUAGAAAUGAAGAACUGCAUUUUUAUCCGGAAGAAAUUAGUGCGAUGCUACUGGCCGAAGUUAAAAAAAUGGCUCAAAAUCAUUUCCAUGUUGAAGUAACCCAAGUGGUUAUUUCAGUACCUACGAGUUUUAAUGACGCUCAACGUCAAGCUACAGUUGAUGCAGCAUAUAUUGCUGGACUAGAUGUUCUGGCUUUAAUCAAUGCACCAACAGCGGCAAUACUUUCAUACGGACUGGAAAAUAAGGUUUCAUCUAGUAAUGUUCUUCUUUUUGAUCUUGGAAGCUGCAAUUUAAACGUUGCUGUAGUAAAUAUUAAAGAAGGAAUAUUCAGAAUUUUCGCAACAAAGGGAUAUUGCAACUUCGGAGGUGACGAUUUUGACUCUAGGCUUGUAGAUCAUUUUGUGGAAGAGUUCAAUGAUAAUUUUCAAGUAGAUAUGUCUAAAGAUAAGCGGGCUAUGAAUCGUUUACGAAAAGCUUGCGAAAGAGCUAAAAGAACACUGUCCGGCUCUGAACAAGCCAGCAUUGGCGUUGAUGCACUCUUUGAUGGGAAAGAUUUUGAUAGUGCUGUAACUCGGGAAAAAUUUGAAGAAUUGAACGAAUCUCUCUUCCAGAAAGCUAUUACUUCCGUUGAUGUAGUUCUCAAUAAAGCUAAAAUGACUACUAACCAGAUUGACGAAAUACUCUUGGUCGGAGGGUCGACACGAAUACCAAGAUUACGCGAAUUGCUUGCAAAGGUUUUUGAGAAGACAAAACUUAACAGAAUGAUAAAUCCUGACGAAGCAAUAGCCCGUGGAGCCGCAUUUAUGGCAGAAAAUAUCAAACGUCAACGUAAGGGAUUUAUAGUCCAAGAUAUUUCUACAUUUUCUAUUGGAGUCAAAAGAAAUAACUGCAAAAUGAUUGAGAUUAUUCAAGGAAAUGCAGAAAUACCAAGCCAACAGUGGUAUAAAAUUAAUGAAGGAUUCACUUCGCCCGUUUACUUUCAGGUAAACGAGUUCGAAGAGACUUCGAUGGAAGAUGCGCAAUGUUUAGCCUCUUAUAUGUGUUUUCCUUCAAAUUUGGAACUGAACGCUCCAAUCGAAAUCAGUUUCGAGCUUAACGGAAGUGGAAUUUUAACCGUUCUUGGUUAUCAGAAAAAUCAAAAACUGAGCAUAAUUUAUGGCGAUGCAAAAGGACGAUUGACAUAUGAAGUAACACAAAAAUUGGCCGAUCGUGUGCAAUCUUUUGAUAGAGAUGACGAAGAAUGGAGAGACAGAAGCAAAGCGAAAAAUACACUCGAAAACUACGUUUACGACGUGAAAAAGUCAAUCCGUGAUCGAAAGUAUAAAAAUAAGAUGACCGCCGAGGAGAAGUCUGAUUUAAAUGAUAAAUGUGAUGAGGUGCUUGAGUGGAUAGAAAACUCCAAAAAUGCAGCAAAAGAAUUAUCAAUGCACAGACAGGAAGAACUCGAAGACAUAUGGUUGACUAUUCUUUCUCGGAUUGAUCCUAAGAAAGCGGAUGAAAUACGCAUUAGAAAAGAAGCUGAACAGCGGAAAAAACUUGAUGCCUUGAAUACUCUCAAAGAAUCAGUCACUUUAUUCUCAAAAACUAUCGAAGAACCUGGCUACAAAGAAAACUCCACAGAAGAAGACAAGUCGAUAAUUCGAUGGUUGUACGAUGCUGUGAUGAAUUGGUUAUCUGGAAACACUAAUGCCGAUGUUACUAGUAUAGAGAAAAAAACAAAAGAAGUUGAAAGAUAUGGCGCGCCUAUUUUUGAGAGAAUCACUAAAAAACAAAAGGCCCAGGAUGAGGAAAGAAAAAGAGAACAAGAAAUUAAAUUACAAAAGUUGAAAAAAAAAAGAAAGGAUUUGGAGAGGACUGUAACCGCGAUUAAUAAUAAAAUGAGUGAAGCUGGGAAAGAAAUGACAAAAGUUGAUAAAGACCAAAUCGAAGUCCAAUUUUUGGAGGCAGAGAAAAUGAUAAACAGAAAUGACGCCACCAUAACCGAGCUCACCAACAAGGAAAGGGCGAUUCAUGAUUUGUUGAAUUCAAUAUGUUCCAGAAUAAAAAAAGAGAAGGAAGAGGAGGAGCAAAGAUUUAAAGAAAUAGAAGAAUCCAGAAUCGAGGCACGAGGAAUUCUGAAACAACAUUUAAGAGAUCUCGUUAAAUUGACAACCGAACAGUUCAAAAAUGAUCCCAUUCCAGAAAUAGAGAAACAGAAAAUAGGAGAAUUAGAAAGUUGGAUCAAGAAUCACACGGAUGCUGUUAAAAAAACAUUCGAAGAAAAAGAUAAAGAGGUGCUUGCUAUGUUGAACUAUUUAAAGUCGCAGGACGAGGAAUCAAAGAAAAUAAUUGAAGCCAAAGAACGCUUGAAAAAUACAAUAAAUCGAUACAAGGAGUUGCCUAAUAAACCAGGAUUCAAACAAUUAUCUACAUUAGAUGGCUUUUAUAUUCUAGAUGCAUGCGACUCCACCGAAAAAUGGCUCAAUGCAAACGGUAAUGCCCCGGUGUCAGAUUUGAUAAGAAAGACAACGAACCUGAACCAAGUCUGUACUUCCAAACUGGCGGAAUACAUUCCAUUAGAUCGAAUACAGCAGUAUAAUCAGGGCAGUAGAAGUACAUCGUGCGAUGACGUAUCCAGAUUGAUAGAUGAGAUUGGAAAACUGUCUAUCACAGGUGAAGGAGCCAGAAAACAACAACAAUUACCGAUGGCUACUGGUAAUCGUAUGGAUUCUACACAUAAACUUGGCUAUAGGAAGACAUUUAGUCCAAUUGAUCAAGGUGCAAAGGCAAAAUUGCAGAAGUGCAUUGCAGACAUUACAGAAAACAUUGAAAAGGUUGAUCAAGCACACAUAAAGAAGGAAUGCAUCAAAUUGAGAAAAUCAUGUGAAGAAACUCAUGCUUGGUUACAAAAACAUCCUAAUUGUUCUCAACAUAUGUAUGAGAUGAAAAUGAACAAACUGAACAAAGAUUGGGAUAGAGUUUUACCAAAAUUGAGGGAAAAAGAGAAGGAAACAUCAGAGACAUCAACAUCAUUGAAAGGUAGAUUUUACAAGCUUUUGAAUUCAUUUACUGGCAAAGAGACUCAUUCUCAAGAUUCAGCAAGUUUGGAAUCAGGAGUCGAUAGUUGCAGUCAGAAUCGCACAUCCUUCAAAAUUGAGAAAGAGAAACAAGGUCUUAAUCGACACAAACCGGGCGUAAACACUUCAUGGUUAGAAAAAGAGAAACUGGUCAAAUAUACGAGUACAACUGAAAAUCAGUUACUGCUCAGCAAAACUUAUAAAAAAAAUCUCCGUCCAGAAGAGAAGAGAAGGCUCGAUGACAAAUGUCGUGAAAUUUCAAAACUUUUGUCUCCAAAUACUGUUAAUCUCGAGGCUGAAGAUUAUGCGAAGAAGAACCGUGAACUUCAUGAAAUUGUAGAACCCAUAUUACAGAGACUGGGAAUUCCACAUAGUGUUAUAUGA